GCCAACUGGCGGCAGAGAGCGACGUUCAGACUGCUAGCUAGCAAAUAUCAACAUUGUCAUUGGCAUGCGAAUGUAGCUACACAGAUAAAAGGUAACCCUUUAACAAUGGGAGUUAAAGAUCGCCCUCAGUGCUACUUUGAUGUGGAGCUCAAUAGGGAGCCAGUUGGACGCAUUGUCUUUCAGCUCUUUUCAGAUGUUUGUCCCAAGACGAGUAAAAAUUUUCUUUGCUUGUGUACGGGUGAGAGAGGAACUGGGAAAGUCACAGGGAAAAAAUUGUGUUUCAAAGGCUCCACGUUCCACCGCGUAGUAAAGAGCUUCAUGAUCCAGGGAGGGGAUUUCACUGAAGGUAAUGGAAGAGGAGGAGAGUCAAUAUACGGUGGCUACUUUGAAGAUGAGAAUUUUACUCUCAAACACGACAAGGCGUUCCUGCUGUCAAUGGCCAACCGAGGCAAAGACACAAACGGUUCCCAGUUCUUCAUCACCACAAAGAUGGCACCUCAUCUUGAUGGAGUUCACGUGGUCUUUGGUCUGGUUAUCUCCGGGUUUGAGGUGGUGAAACGCAUCGAGAGUCUGAAGACCGACUCUGCGAGCAGGCCCUACGCUGAUGUGCGGGUGAUCGACUGCGGACAGUUGAUAACAAAGUCAGCCAAUGAUGUGCUUGGGGCAAAGAGGAAGAGAACGUCAUAUUCGACGGACACCUCAAUCAGCUCCUCUGACUCUUCGUCACACUCAUCAUCUUCAGAGUCAGACAGCGAAUCGGAGGAAAGGUACAGGCGCCGCAGACGGAAGAUGCUGGCCAAAAUGAAACGCUCAAAGAAGAGAAGGAAAGAACUCAAAAAGAGGGAGGAGAGUAGAAGCCGAAGUCAAAGAAGCUGUCCUGAGGAGGAGACUGGCGAUGGGGAAAUGGACAAGGAGCAGAGCAAGCGAGAGAAGCCUGUGGUUCGCCCGGAAGAGAUUCCACCAGUGCCAGAGAAUCGAUUCCUGCUUAGGAGGGACAUGCCCGUGCAGGAGGAGAAUCCUGAUACAAUCCAGCAAGAGGCCUCAUCAGUUCCAAAUGACCUCAAGCCAGCAGUCACAAAAUCUGGCCGGAAAAUCAAAGGCCGUGGAACAAUGAGAUAUCACACACCAACUCGGUCGAAAUCCCGCUCCGUGUCUGAAGAAGACAGAGGAAGCAGUGAAACUCCACCUCACUGGAAAGAGGAGAUGCAGAAAACUAAGACAUACCAACUGCCUAGCAUGGAGAAAUGGAGUAAAGGAGACAAAUUGAAUGACCAUUCCUCAAGCAGAUGGGACAACAGAAGCGUCUCUCCGUGGUCCAGGUCUUGGUCGCAGGAGUACUCCUCUGACCACAGCUCCAGUCCGCACCCCCGACACAAGAAGGAGAAGAAGAAGAAAGCCAAGCACAAAAAGAAAAAGUCCAAAAAACAGAAGCGACACAAGACAUCUAAGGGAAAGCCCAAAGGGUCCCCCCUCUCUGAGGGUGAGAUGUCAGCCUCAUCUGGCAGGAGAUCAAAGCUAUCCAGUCACCCGGAGAAAAGGUCACGUUCCUCCUCCACCUCCAGACAUUCCUCCAGGAAAGAGUGGUCAAGGUCUGAAAAGGAGCGCCAUUCUUCCCCUUCCUCCAGAGACUCAAGGUCCUACACUAGGUCUAAAAGCCGGUCCUAUUCCCUUAGUCGAUCAAGGUCAAAUGGAAGAACAAGAUCUUCAUCUAGGUCAAGAAGUAUGUCAUGUUCUCUUUCUCGUUCUCGUUCACAGUCACGGUCAAGGAGACGUAAGAGGAACAUGUCGAGAUCCCCAAGACAAACUAAGUUGAGUGAGAGCAUCAAACCAAAGGCUGAAGCCCCUGUGCAUGUUGUAGUUAAAGGGGAAAGCAAGCCAGUGCCUGCAGCAGCUGCAGAGAGUGCUCCAGUAUUACCUUUGAGUGACAGUCCUCCACCUUCCAGGUGGAAGCCUGGACAGAAGCCCUGGAAACCCUCCUAUGUCCGUAUCCAGGAAAUAAAAGCAAAGGCAGUGCCUGCUGCCCUCCCUCAGCUGAGCUGCAUAGCCAGUAGUGCUUUGGAAAGUGAGCGAACAUCAUUGCAGCACAACCCGCGUGACAGUGCUGAGAGUGAGAGGAGCUACGACUCCAGGCGGUACAGCAAGAGUCGAAAAUCAACAAGACAGUCGCACAGUAGGUCUUCCAGAAGUAGGUCCUACAGCAGGUCAUACAGUCGCUCCCGGUCCAGGUCCAGGUCCAGGUCCAGGUCCAGGUCACGGUCCCCAGCCAAGUAUGGCAGUCGGUCUUCAUCCUAUAGCCGGUCAGACUCCUACGAUUCAUACCGUGGACAUGAGAUCAAGAGGAAAACGAGCCAUGAAAAGAAAGGGAAGAAACACUACAGCACACAUAGGAGUCCUCACAGUCCAGUUAUGGAGACCCGUUUAAAGACCAGUAAUGUGCAUCAGGUGAAGCGGAAUUGCACCUCUCCGUCCUGUUCCGAAUUUGCUUCAGACAGCGAAGAUAGCCCAAUUGAUCGACACAGAGAAAAUGAUACUGACUCCAAGGGGCUAAUAAGCAAAAUUGAUUCCUUGUCAGAAACUGGCAGCCUUCAUACAACCUAUGGAAAGACUGACAAACCAAAGAAGGCUACAUCAUUGGAAGACCCCAAUAGUAAAUCUGGAUGGGAGAGUGACAGCGAUAAGUCCAGAAAAAAGGCCAGUGUGAGUGACCAAUCAAUGGAAAACUAUAAACCUGGAGUAAAAUCUGAUGAGGUGGAGAAAGGUGGAGAAAAAAAAAUUAGUCGGUGGGACUCAGACAGUGAUUUUGAGGGUGCGGCAAAAACUUCUCAAGCUGCAGAUUCAAAACUCUCAUCUGGUAAAGAGGAAGGCGAGGCCAGUUCUGAGUCUGAGAGCGAGGGCCAUGUGUCUUUGCACAGCAAGACAAGCAAAGUCACUGGCGUUGCAUCCUCAGCGAAUUCUGACAUUGACCUAAAGAAGGCUUCUGAGAGCCCUCCUGGUUUAGAGGAAAGUCCAGAUAAAGGCAAGGUGUUUGAAUCACAUAAAACAAAGAAGAAGGCCAAGAGGAAGCACAAGCAUAAGAAGAAGACCUCCUCAAAAGUGCGGUUGCAUCGCUCAAAGUCCAAGACUAAAUCCAAGAAGUCCAAGAAAAAACAACAGAAGCCUAAGGAGACCUUUCAGUGGAAGCCACCACUUGAAGAGGAGGAGGAAGAGGAAGCUCCUGUUCUAGAACAGUGCAUUAAUCUGAAACUUCCUGAGGUUGUGAAGGGAAGCCCUUUAAAAACUGUCAGAGGAAUCACUCCUAAGCAAUAUGAAGUGAAAACAGGGAAAAAUCAAAGGUCAGCCAAAGAAACUUGCACUUUGCCACAAGUACCUUGCCGGGUGGAAGAAACGACUGAAACGAGCAAGAAGGGGCAAAAAACCAAGGAACGUGCUAAUUCAGUUCAGAUGGAACUCCCUGAGAUUACCCAAAUUAAAACUGAUUUGAGCAAUUCCGAGUUACCAAAGAUUCCAGACGAUGAUUCUAUGGAGAUAUGCACCCCUGAGCAUGACAUUCCUGAAGUGAUUAGUGAAUUGUCAGGUCCUCACAUGGUCUCUGAACCAUCACAGAAUUCAACUCCAAAUGCUGCUCCCCUGAAGAAUGCAACAAAGGAUGGCAGUUCUGUUCUGUCACCCAUUACUGAGGAAUGUCAUGCUGCUGUAGCUCCUACUUCAGCGCAAAAUUGUGGGUCAGGGGAGGAAACUACCACCAGCAAAGCUGCAGCAAUCAUUGCAGACUCAAGAUGGAAGCCUCUGAGGGGUAUCUCUGGUCUGCAGGCAGUGAAUCCCAAUUUUGUUGUGGCAAAAAAUGCAAAUCCUCUAGAGCAGAGUGACUGUAAAUCCCAGGGUCUCAGGAUCGAGAUUAAGACCAGAAGCCGAGUCCGGCCAGGGUCCCUGUUUGACGAGGUCCGCAAGACGGCCAGGCUCAACCAGAGGCCAAGAAACCAGGAAAGCUCCAGUGAGGACAGGUCCCCCUCAGCCUGUGAUAAAGGCAAGUCUCACAGCCGAUCAAGGAGCAAAUCCCACUCCGUCUCCUCCCGGUCCAGGACCAGGUCCCAGUCCUCCAGCCGCUCCAGAUCCCGAUCCAGAAGCUCCAGUUACUCCUACAGAAGCUACAGCAGGAGUCACAGCCGCAGAAGAUACAGCAGGGGGCGCUCUCGCACCCGCAGCAGCAGCUACCAUAGUCACAGCCGGACGUACAGUAGAAGUAAAUCCAGAAGCCGAUCGCAUGCCCGCCGCAGAAGGUCCAGGUCGUACUCGUAUGACAGCUACACCAGCCGCAGCCGAAGCAGAAGCAGCAGGCGACGGAGAAGUGAGAGCUACAGGAGCUCUGACCGCAGGUCCAGGUCGUACCGCUCGUAUAGUGCGAGCGACCGCAGUUACUCAAGACGGCGCAGUCACAGCAGGAGCAGCAGAUACAGCUGAGAAGUGCCUGGGAGAUGAGGGGACCUUCUGCUUCCCUGCUUCUGCGUGUGAGGCUGAGAUGUAGCUUUUGUCACUUGUUGGAUGAGCUCUUGUAUUGCUACACUUCCAACACUUACAAUAUUUUCUAAUCUGAUCUGCCUUUGCUUUGAGAAGGCAAGACUAUAAGUUUUGUAAAUACUUUUAUGUACUGUACAUCUAGAUUUGUGUAUUUGCAGACAAAUGCUUUUUAUUUCCCAUCUCCUUUAGUUUGGGUUUACUUUUUUACUGAAAAUGUAAAUUGCAUUGAAUGUACAGUAAAGGAAAGCAUCAAAUGGCAUGUUGUAAAUGACACCAAAUGUUCUCAGUUAAUUCCAUGAAAAAUGCUCCUGUAUAACAGUCAGCUCAUCCCAGUCACCACAGCCUGUUACCGGAGCGCAUCACGAGAAUCCCUGGUUGAGAACUAAAUGCCUUAAUCAGCUUCAACAAGCAGGGAAAGGGACUGAAAUCAUGGUAACUGAUGGGGAAUUAACUUUUGUAGUGUUAACAAUACAUAUUCAAUAUUACAUGAUUUAAUUCCUGCUUAGUUUUCUUACUGUGCUGAUUUUUCUUUUAUGAAUGUAAAAUAAAUGCAAUGCAAAAGCGA